GGAGCAGCGCUAGCCUCGUGGGCUUUGGUGAGAGACACUGGCCUGGGCGUCGGCGUCGGCAGCAGUAGCAGCGGCCACAGUCGGGUAAGGAGACAUCGACGAGAUACUUGAAGUAUUGAUAAGACUAAGGAACUCUGUCAGAAUUUGAAAAGCUAAAACAAAAGCGUGAUACCUAGACACUACGGAAAGGAAAGUAAAGAUGCGGAAGAGGCGAGUUUUUGUGAAUGAGGAUCGCCAUGUAAUGGCGAAGCAUGCUUGGGUUUACCCAACGCCAGAGGAGCUGGAGGCGGUCCAGGACAUGGUGUGCCACACUGAGCGGGCACUGAAAGCGGUGUCUGACUGGGUCGAUGGGCAAGAAAAAGGCGCGCGCGAGCCCGCCGAGCCUGAGAGGAUAGAUGCGCCCCUAGAGGACGAGAGCCGAGGAGCGGCCGGGCGUCUUAAGACCGAGAGAAUUUCCAGAACCCUGUGGGCCGUGAUGCGGGUUGGCCUCGUGGCGAAGGGCCUUCUGCUCACGGGGGACUUGGGUCUGGAGCUGGUGCUGCUGUGUAAGGAGAAGCCCACGGCCGCCCUUCUAGACAAGGUGGCUGGCAACCUGGCCAUCCAGCUCCCUGCCAUAACAAAAGAUAAGUAUGAAAUACUCCUGUCUGUCCCUGAUGCCGCAAUUGUCAUAAAAAACACAAAAGAGCCCCCAUUGUCCCUGAUCAUCCACCUGACAUCUCCUGUUAUCAGAGAAGAAAUGGGGAAAGUAUUAGCUGGAGAAACGCUGUCAGUUAGCGAUCCCCCAGAUGUUCUAGACAAGCAGAAAUGCCUUGCUGCCUUGGCGGCUAUCCGACGUGCCAGGUGGUUCCAGGCCAGAGCCAACAAGCUGCACUCUUGUGUCAUUGUCAUCCGGGUCCUGAGGGACCUGUGCACCCGUGUGCCUACCCUGAGUCCCCUCAAAGGCUGGCCUCUGGAGCUUCUGUGUGAGAAGUCCAUCAGCACGGUUUAUAGGUACAUGAGUGUUGGCGAGGCCCUGCGUAGAGUGCUGGAGUGCCUGGCAUCAGGCAUCAUCAUGACAGAUGGUUUUGGCCUUUAUGAUCCAUGUGAGAAAGAAGCCACUGAUGUUCUUGGGCAUCUAGACAGACAGCAACGGGAAAAUAUCACACACAGUGCUCAGCGUGCAUUGCGCCUUGUCAGCUUUGGCCAGGUCCAUAAAGUCCUGGGUAUGGACCCUUUGCCUUUCGUGGGGCCCAAGACACCAAAGGAGGAAAACCCCAUGGACUGCACCGUUCAGAUCCGCCCUGAGGCCACCCACUUCUUUAAGUCCAUGAAACAUGCCAUAAAGGAGGAUGGGAACGAGAAGCCGCCUAGCAAAAAGAGGAAGAUGCAUAAGAAAGACAAAGCAGAGCCGCACCAAGCCCUGAGUGCCUUGAUGAGACUGAACCACUUGAAGCCAGACCUGCAGUAUAAACUGGCUUCCCAGACAGGUCCUGGCCAUGCUCCCAUCUUCACCAUGUCUGUGGAGGUAGAUGGCAACUUCUUCGAGGCCUCUGGGCCAUCUAAAAAAAUUACCAAACUUCUUGUGGCCACCAAAGUGUUACAGAGCAUGGGAUUACUGAUGAGUACUGAAGUAAAGGACUUGAGCAAGGGGGAGGACUCAGCCCAGGAAGCUGUGGUGGAAGCUGUCUCCACCCCCAGUGCUGCCCUCCCAUCAAACACCACUGCAGUGUUUGGGCGCAUCCUCACAAAGCAUGGCAAGAACCCAGUUAUGGAACUUAAUGAAAAGAAGCGUGGCCUCAGGUACGAGGUCAUCUCUGAGACUGGGGGCAGCCAUAACAAGCACUUUGUCAUGGAGGUUCAGUUGGAAGGACAGAAGUUUCAAGGUGGUGGUUCCAACAAAAAGAUGGCGAAGGCAUAUGCUGCCCUUGCUGCACUAGAAAAGGUGUUUCCUGAUGGCUCGUUUACCCUCGAGACUAUCAAAAAGGAGAGAGUUCUGACACCUGUCAGAGGUAGUCCAAAAUCUUUUGCUAAGCCACAUAACCUUGGCUUUGGAAUGGGCAACCUCAUGCACAAUGCAGUGGCCCUGCCUCUCAACCUGCAAAGGCUGGGAAGAGGAGGAAACAUCCAUGGUGGAAGGGGAGGAUUUGGCAGUGCCAACCAUGAAGGCUACUUGAAUGCCGGUGCUGGGUAUGAAGGCAAUUUGGCCACAGCCAGCCCCAAUCAGUUCUAUAGCAGUGGAGGGCAUUUGGGGAAUGCUGGUGGGGGUGGUGGUAGCUCUUCUAGCUAUAGCUCCUACUGCCAAAGCAACAAUUCUAAUUCACCAGUGUCCCCAAAAUGUGCCGGGAAGAAGCAGCCUCAUGAGGGCCAGCAGAAUCCCUCAUAUGGCUCAGGUUACAAAUGGCACCAGGGUCAGCACCAUUCCUACAACCAGAGCCGGUACCAGAGUUGUGGUCCCCCACAGGGAAAGCAGAAAGGCUAUAACUAUGGAGAGGGCAACUCUUCCUCCUACUUUAAUUCCUACAGUGUCCCCAGCAACAGGGGCAAAUCCAACUACAUCUGCGAAAGGAAAGUUAACUGUGGUGAUAGUGGAGACCAAAGCAGAAAUAGGCACAGCUUAGGUGGGUCACCCUACACACUCUGGUCACACAAAGUCUAUGGUGGAGGUUCUGGGGGUGGCUCCUCAUACCAGGGUAACUCAGCACAGUAGAAGAAUGGCUUUCCGGGGUCCAGCCAGAGUUACUAUGGUCCUUCUAGCUCCUACAGGUUGGCGACAAUGAAGAUGCAAACCACGGUCUGGUCUAUUACAAAUAAAGCUGCAGAUUUGUACCCACUGCACUUAACUCCCUGUUAGAAGUUUCAUUUUAUACCACAUCCCAGUUAACUUGUCAACCACCCUCCAGGCCCCGGCCUCACCCUGUCUGUCUUGCUGCACUGUGCAGUACAGCAAGCCAGUUCCCUGACCCAUUCUG